AUGGACCUUAGACAAAAAGUGUUGACUGCUUCUAAUAGAGCCAAAGCUGGACUUAAAUACAACCCUGAGCUCGUGCAGACACAGUUUUUGCAAACUAUUCUGACUGGAUUACAAGAUGAUGCUGUAAGAGUGGACAUUAAACAGUACCUGCAGGACGCUACUGUUAGUGAUGAAGUGCUGCUUGAGAAAAUGAGCGCUGCCUACAGUGUUGAACUCGAAAGAAGGAAUAAACUUUCAACCAGACAAAAGAGCAUCAAAGUGGCUUCAGUUCAGGAAGAGGAUAACUGCAAAAAUGAAAAUACUGGAAGCUCAAAGAAAAGCAAAAACCAGACAGAAAAGCCAAACCCAAUUGUGGAAAAGCUGGAAGCUAAUAACAAGGUUAUUUGUGAGGCUAUCCAAAAUCUUUCAACACAAGUUGCUAAUUUGACUCAGGCAAAAGUGAAAACUGAAGACAAAAACAUAAGAAGUAAACCAUAUUAUUCAAGUGCUACCAGAAAGAGCCCCAGAAAAUGUCGUCAAUGUGAACAGUCAAACCCAGAAGGAAAAUGUACACACUGUUUUAAAUGUGGAAGCAGUGAACAUUGGGCUGUUGGUUGUCGAAAAAAGAAAGACUCAACAGUUAAUGUCAAUAAAAUUGAGGAGAAGACAGCAAAACUAAUAGGACGCAGAAACCUUGUCCAGUGCAACAUUGGAGGAGUUCCAGUCACAGCUCUUUGGGACACCGGAUCACAAGUGUCAAUUGUGGAUCUAAAUUGGAAAAAAGAACAUCUACCAGACGCCGACGUUCGAUCAGUGAGUGAACUUCUUGAGGAAGGUAUGUUAGAUCUUUCUGCAGCAAAUGGGACUGAGAUACCUUAUGAGGGUUGGGUAGGAGUUGAGUUUAGCCUUACAGAAAACAGAGACAGUGAACUGUUAGUACCAUUUCUUGUAAGCUCUCAGCCAAUCGCCAAGCCAAUAGUGGGUUUCAAUGUCAUAGAAGAACUUGCAAAGUCCAACAUAUCAACAGAUAGGACUCUCCCCAACAAGUUUUUGCACAGCCUUGGGUCAGCAUUAGAUGUAGGACACAAAAAAGCAAAAGCAGUGUUCUCUGUGUUAAGUAAAGAGAAAUCUAUUUCGGAGAAUCAAACAAUAAAGAACAAAUCCUCAAAGAAAGGUUCUUCACAGUUGCCACCAUCUCAGUGGAUGCGUCAGAGGAAGGUCUUGGGGCUGUCCUUUAUCAAAGGCAGGAUGGAGCAUUAA